UCUUAUAUGAAUUUACAUUCUACUUUCAUUUUUGUCGGAAUUCCCAGUCGUUAAGAUAGACGAACUAUAAUAUUUAUCUGUGUUCAUCCUCGCAUUGUUUACAACUGUAACGCAUCACAACUUGUAGAGAUGUAGAAGACAAAAACAUUAGAAAUUAACACGUGACGUUUCAUCUUGAGACACCAGAAGGGCAGACAAAUUGGGUACAGGACCAGUAACUUUAAAUGGCUACUGGUUCUGUGGACCAGUGAGACCAAAUGCUCUUGUUGUGAACACUGGCGAUGUACAGGUAUAUCUUCUACAGAAACAAGCUAGCCAUCAGCAAUACAAUCGACGUUAUAUAGCCUAAAGACAACGGCUGUACCAUGACAUUCCUACAGACAUGCUCAAGUCGUCCAUCAAAUUCGAUCAUAAUUCAUCUGUCAGAAUAAUCAUCGAUGGACGAUUAGGGACAUUUGUCUUUCAGGGAACCUUAAGACAAUCCCUUCUGUAAUCCGAUUGGUUGAGAUGAAUUUAAUGUUACAUUUGUACAGAAAGCCAUUAAAUAGGUAUUUUGGCAAGACAGGUUAGUUCCCAAUUAUGAGCUAGAAUCUGCAGAAGUAGGACGUUUAUAACGCGUCUACAAACGUUUCUUCUUAACUCUACAAAGCAACAUGUUGAAGUCUCUCUCUAACCUACAAUUAAAUAAAAAGAAACCAGAGGAUGCAGAACAGUUAGUGGACUUUCCGCUAUCGUCCGAAGAGGAUGCCUCCCUCAUCACAAAGCUUCGGAAAGGCUACCAACUUGGGCGGCCUGCUUUGGUGAAGAAAACUGGGAAAUAUCGGGUUACCUACAAAGGACUGUCCCAUUCCGAGCGCCGCUCUUUCAUUUUAGAUAUAUUUCAAACUUUGAUAGACCUGAAAUGGCGCUGGGCGAUUUUAAUUUUUGUGCUGACCUUUUUUGUUGUUUAUUUUGUUUUCGCACUGAUAUGGUAUAUGCUGGCAAAAGCUCAUGGAGAUUUCGAUAACUUGAACAACCCAAACUGGAUUCCUUGUGUAGAAAGGGCCAAAACCUUUGCCGACCUUUUACUGUUUUCCAUCGAGUCGCAGACGACAAUCGGGUAUGGCACCUUCUACCCUAACACGUCCUGCAGCGGAAGUCUUUUGCUGAUCUUCGUUCAGAUCACCGUUGGUUUUCUCUUGGAAACACUCUUGGUUGGUUUCUUGUUGGUAAAAAUAUCUAGACCAAAGCACAGACGGCACACACUUCUGUUCAGUGAGAAAGUUUGUAUUUGCAAAGAGGAUGGGGAACUCUGCCUGGAAAUUCGUGUGGGGGAUCUGAGGAAAUCCCAUCUGGUUGACACCACAUCGUUUGGAAUCUUUGUCAGUGAGAAGGUAUCCAAGGAGGGAGUAGUCUACCCUUUAUACCAACAGCAGAUGGAGUUUGAAGCGCAUGAGAUGCAGGAUAGAGUCUUCAUGAUGUGGCCUCUCAUUUUAAGACACAAAAUCAACGAAGAUAGUCCGUUAUAUGAGCUGACAUUUGAUCAGUUGCUGUCUAAUACGUUUGAAAUGAUCAUCAUUUUAGAGGGAACGAUUGAAGCAACCGGAGAAAUUUGCCAGGCCAGAACUUCAUAUUCUUCUGGAGACAUUGUGUGGGGACAUCGAUUCGUCAACAUAAUCGAUUUUGACAAUGAUAAUGGUCAAUGGAGGGCUAACUUUGAAAAGUUCAACGACACCGUCCCCACGCCAACGCCCAAAUGUAGCGGCAAGCAGCUCGCGGAAAUUUACGGAGUUAACUGUCAGUCGAAAAGUCAGAUGCAGCGAACGGACAGCAGCGGGACAUUCAAGAGAUCUCAAAGUCAAAUAAUAACACCCAUGACCAUCGAGGAACCAUCAGGUUCAGCUAAAACACUUGAUCGACGACCCCGGCCGUACCGACACAGCAGAGCUCCGUUUUCGUUCGGUGGAUUCCAGUCUGAACAUCUAAAAAUCGGACGCCACCUCAACAUCUACAAAUGAUGGAUGACCUUGAAGUGAUUUUUUUAAAAAAAAUAAUCUUACAAAUUCUAAUGAUACAAAGAUGGAUUCACAUAUACUCUCCCAGUGGCGUAUCUGCCAUAUAUUUACACUUCAAAGUGAAUGAAAAAAGAAAUCAAUGUUAGUAUAGUUUGGUGCAAACGAUAUCUGUAAUUUUUAGCACGUAUUUAAAAAUGCAUGUUCCAGGUGGGGUGAAACUUGGAAAAUAAAGUAAAUAAACAACAACAACAAAAAUCCGUUCACUCAAAGCAUCCAUUCUUUUUUUAAUUCUAUGAAGAAGUACAAUGUUUAGGAAAAUUGAUAGUCCAGCGUGUCUCUCUGAAACUGUCCCUUAAACAAUGUUUAGGAAAAUUGAUAGUCCAGCGUGUCUCUCUGAAACUGUCCCUUACACAAUGUUUUUCAAGUUUCACCUCUGGUUAAUUCUACAAGAAAAUGGUGACAGAAAUCCAAACGAUUCCUGAACAACACCGCAGUCCUCGGGGGACUGAAGGGAGUAUGAUGUCUCGGUUUGUGUAAAUGUUUUCGUACAUUGUACAUGUGACUAAAUGUAUUGUGGUAGUUAUGACGUAAUACUCUUUGUCUUUCUUGAUUUUCAAAUAAAUUCAUUGCAAUAUU